ACGCGGCCCGAAGUGUCGCCAUGUCCCCGCUGUGCGCCCUGCUGCUGGCCCUGGCCCUGGUGGCCGUCCCCGGCAUCCGAGCCGCCUGCCCGCUGCCCGCCGACCUCAAGAGGCCGGACGGGACGCGCACGUGCGCCAAGCUCUACGACAAGAGCGACCCCUACUACGAGAACUGCUGCGGGGGCGCCGAGCUGUCGGUGGAGCCGGGCACCGACCUGCCCUUCCUGCCCGCCGACUGGAACAACGCCGCCUCCUCGCUCGUGGUGGCCCCGCGCUGCGAGAUCACCGUGUGGUCCCUGCGCGGCAAGGCCGGCAAGACGCGCAAGUUCUCGGCCGGCGCCUACCCGCGCCUGGAAGAGUUCCGCAAGGGCAUCUUCGGAGACUGGUCCAACACCAUCGCGUCGCUCUAUUGCAGGUGUUACUGAUGCCUUAGAGGUACCUCGUGUCCAACCCCCACAGAGUGCAGAGGCCCCUCACCUGGGGUAUGCUGAAGGCCCCCAAGUCCCAGGAGGAGAGAACUUUCUUCCUGCCCCCUCCCCACCCUGUCUUCCCUGCAAUAUAGAGUGUGCUUGUGAAGUUA